UGGAACAUCAUAAUGCCCGAGAGGAAUUGAAGCCCUUUUGGGUCUAUCGCAGAAAAAUAAGCAAAUAAAUAAUCAGAAGCCUGCCGUGAGUGGAUCCUCAUCAGAGAUUGCACAGGGAGGCCCAGACAUUUCAACUGAAGAGAGGACUUCUAGUCAAGGACGUUUAUGCUGGAAGAAAAUUCCGUUAAUAUUGCAGCCCCUCUCCCAGGAUGCCCCACCUCUCAAGUUGGAGCCAUUGAACAAACCUCCGCCCAGCCUGCUAUUUCCCCGCCUCCCGAAGUAGGAAGUCCAACGUAGAAGAAUCACACGUUGCAGGUCAGGCUGCAUCUUCUGGGGACCCGCCUCCUUGGGUGGCAGGCCCGACGGAGGGCGCUGCCAUCAAUGUCAGGCCGGCUGCAGUCCAGGAAACGGUGCCUGGUAAGGAAGGGAGGGCAGCAGCCGGAGCAACGAGCUCUAACCCAACUCGGUCUUCCUCCAGCUUCUGCCCCAUACUAUGGCAGCUCUUCUGAAGAGCCUGCUUGCUGCCUCAGAGAAAGCCGCCAACAUUGCCCAGCUGUGUCGCCAGGAGGAGGCACUCUUCAGCUUGCUCAUUGAGGAGAAGAGGGGUGCAGACAAGAACAAGAAGUUCGUCCAGGAUUUCAAGACCUUGGCUGAUGUGCUGAUCCAAGAGGUCAUCAAGCAUGACGUGGGGAAGGAGUUUCCAGAGUUACAAGCCUAUAUUCGUGGUGAGGAGUCCAACAAGUUUGGAAAUGGCCUUGGAGAGACUGUGGUAGUGCAGGUAUGUCCCUCUCAACCAGAAACAGCUGCCCUGCUGCAGAAAGUCUUGGAUCGGAACCAGACAGCUGCAGAACUGCUGGCAGCUGCUAUUCAUCAGCAGGUGGUGUUUUCUGACCCAGCACUGGAUGGUGUGAAUGUGACAGUCUCCACUGAGAACAUGGCUGUGUGGAUUGACCCCAUAGAUUCCACCAAUCAGUAUAUCCGUGGCCGUGGAACUGUGGCACCUGUGAAUGGCAUCUACCCAUCAGGACUACACUCGGCCUUGGUGCUGAUAGGGGUAUACAACCGGCACUCAGGUGAACCUGUUCUGGGCAUCAUCAAUGAGCCAUUUUUCCAGGAAAAGUUACCAGAGCAUAGGUGGCAGAGCAGAUAUCACUGGGGCAUCUCCUAUGAAAACAUCAACCUGAGCUCGCUAAGCCGGCCGGUACCUCAGGUUCCUCCUUGUGUGGUGCUGAGCAGCAAUGAAAGUGUGGAGCUGCAGAAGGCUCUGGUACCCCUGUAUGGUGAGCAGAUCUGCUUUGCCUCCGGUGCUGGGUACAAGAUGCUGUGUGUGGCCCUGGGCUUCGCAGAUGCCUAUGUGCUCUCAGAAGGCAGCACCUUCAAGUGGGAUUCGUGUGGCCCCCAUGCAAUCCUUCGGGCCCUUGGCGGGGGCAUUGCUAAUUUUGCUGGGGCAUUGCAUGCUUGGCGUGCUGGCCAACACGAUUCUCUGCCUGAAUUGACCUACAACAAGCCAGAAGAGGGUGCCGUCGGUGCCGAUCGCUGGGCUAAUCAUGGUGGUGUCAUAGCCUAUAUGUACCAUGGCCAUCUUGAGGCUAUCAUGGCUACUCUGGCAGCUGCAGCUGAUGUUGCUUAAGUUCCUCCUCCAUGUGGGUAUGGCUUGGUUGGGACACUCACAACUAAUGAGGGGAGGAGCCAGACUGCUGGUCAGGGACUGUGUGACUUAAGACUUACCACUGAACUGCAGGAUCUAUCAGUUACAGACGGUAUUGUUUGUGAUCAUUCUAAGUUUUUAAAUUUGUGAACUUAUUAAAUAAUUAUAAACGUCUGGCAAGAGUAAUGGUAAAGGCCUAUGGCCAAAUACAAUAAACUUUGACUGACCAAAAAAGUUAUAGGUGGGUUGCACCUGCCAUCACAGGGCCUGGGUGGAUAGAACCAGUGGUGGGAUUCAAAUAAUUUAACAACUGGUUCUGGUGGUGGAAAUUCAAAUAAUUUAACAACUGAUUGUUUACAAGCACCAUUUUAACAACUGGUUCUGCCGAAGUGGUGCGAACCGGCUGAAUCCCACCACUGGAUAGAACAUUGUCACUUUUAACUUGGGCAGUGCCUUGGCUUUUCAAUGUUGAGUCAAUGAAGUCUCCCCUUCCAGCACAGUGAAUAUUGGAGAAGGUGAACAGUUUCUCCUUCCAUAUUGAUACUUUGCUGUUUUACACGAGUAAUAUGUGUUGUGAGUCUUGCAGAAAACAUGUGUUAAGGGCAGGGCUGCCAACUGGCUGGAGAAAAAAAGUGUUCUGUGACUUACUAGAUGAUGUUUACCUCCAUGCCUUGAAAAGCUGAAGGUACCCAUUUCCAUGCCUUAAGCCUCCAUUAAAGGGACAGAACACUUUUUCUCCAGGCCUGCUGGCAAUCCUACCUUAGACCCAUCAAUGACUUCCACUAUAUUUCCUGUAGCUCUUCCUGUCUCUAACAUCAUAUAUGGAGGGGCUGGCUGCAGCUCUCACCUCCAAUAGCUUUCUGUGGUGCAUCAGUUCUUUUGACGUUGGGUCUGGACUAUGGAGCUUGAUCCCUGGGGGACUAGAAGAUGGAAGCUCCUCUUUCAUGGUCAGAUGAGGAACUGGGGCUUAGACUCCAAACCAGUGCAAUUUCUGCCCAUGAAGCAUGACUUUUUUGCUCCCCCCCCCCCCGUUAUUUCCCCUGUUAGCAUUGCCCCCCACCACUGCAGAUUAAAACUUCCUCCAGAUAUCUACUCCUUGGGGGACAGGAGAGCCCCUGCUCCGCCAUGUACCUUUGCCGGCAUUCUUCAGCCGAUCACGACCCCAUAGCCUCGGCCACAUGCAGCCAAAACCUGGUCAGGUGUUUUGGGAAAGCAGACACAGCCCUGUGCAGCUUUAGCAAUUCCGCCUCAAUUCGCUGCCAUCCAAAAGCGAACCCCCGGCCUUCCGUUCCCGUCUCUUCUCAGAUGUGUCCCCUGCUGCUGCAGCUGAAGAUUUUGCACUGCUGGGGUCUGCUCCGCUGCCUCUCGCCUUUCCCUUUUCCCUUUUCAAUUCCAAAUCCCCAGGGAUUCACUUCCAGACUUAUUCAAAGACAUUCCAUAAGACAGGGCCUUAUAUUAAUUUUUGCUCCAAAAGAUGCGUCAGGGCUUAUUUUCAGGGGAUGUCUUGGGUUUUUUUGCGCCCCCCAUAUGACCAAAUCAGCUGCGCCGGGGAAUCUGUAACGAGGGCUUAUUUUUAGAGUAGGGCUUCUAUUUCAUGCAUCCUCUAAAAGUCCCGAAAAAUCAUGCUAGGGCUUAUUUUCUGGGUUUGGGGAAAUGGUAUUUCGGGCGCUUUUGGCUUUCUCGGUACAGAUGCUGCCUGUUCCACCUUUGGAGUCCUGGAGAACCAUCAGGUGAGCUGGGAGAAGAUGGGCUCUCCCACUGGCCAUUCUGGCGAGACAAUACAGCUCUUGUUGUCAUGCUUUGCAAGGAAGGGCCAGGAGAGCCAGAGGCACACCACCCAAGGGGACAUGGGGUAACUGAUGUCCCCGGUGCUCACAUAGACCUGGCCGCCAGCAUCAGCUCCGGGUGGUAGACCUGCACCAGCUCCAAGCAGUAGACCUGCACUCCGGCACAAGCUCUCAGCAGUGGACCUGGAUGCCGGCACAAGCUCCAGCAGCAGACCUGGAUGCUGACGCAGGGUCCAGGCAGUAGACCUGGACACCGGCUCCAGGUGGUAGACCUGGGCUCUGAGUGGUAGACCUGGGCACCUGUUGGGAGAAACAGAAAAUUCAGAUUUUGUCCCAGGGUUCUAUUUUUCCUAGAUAUGCCUCUGACUAGCGCUGCCCCAUCUAUUCUCCUCUGGGGGAUGGAGGUUUUUCCGGUGUGGAGUGUAGUUGUGCCCACGGAGUCAGCAUAAGAACGAGACGAGACGCGGAGAUAUCAUCUGGUGGAGAGUGCCAGCAACAGGAUCGCGGGAGCCCGUGGUUCUGACGACUCUCUCGCGUGCUAGCAUCUGGCACCUUUUAUUAGGGUUUCCGUGGGGGCGUGUAGAAGGGCGGUCCGGGGGGAAACCGGGAGAGCGGGAGACCGAGAGAUCA